UUGUGAGGCUUUGUGGCACAAUGUCGACGGCUUCGAUCAACACUACUGCUUGCCUUCACUCUCACUCUCUCUCUCUCAACAAGCCCUCUUCAUUUCGCCCUUCUGUUUUUGCCAAACUCAACAACUCUUCUUUUCCUUCUUCCUCUUCCUCUUCCUCUCCUUCCGUCCCGAGCCUCAUCCAAAACCGACCCGUCUUCGCCGCCCCUGCCCCUCUCAUCGCCCCCACUUGGAAAGAAGAUAUGGGUUCAUAUGAGGAAGCCAUUGAAGCUUUGGAGAAGCUCCUCAGAGAGAAAGGAGAUUUGAAAGCAGCAGCAACAUCAAAGGUGGAGCAGAUAACAGCAGAAUUGAAAACUGCAGAUGGAGGGAAGCCAGCAUUUGAUCCUGUUGACAGAAUCAAAUCUGGUUUCAUUCAAUUCAAGAAGGAGAAAUAUGACAAGAAUCCAGAGUUAUAUGGUGAACUUGCAAAGGGCCAAAGCCCCAAGUUUAUGGUGUUUGCAUGCUCUGAUUCAAGGGUGUGCCCAUCACAUGUUCUUGAUUUCCAACCAGGGGAGGCUUUUGUGGUCAGAAAUGUUGCCAAUUUGGUCCCUCCAUAUGAUCAGAGCAAAUUCUCAGGAACUGGAUCUGCCAUUGAAUAUGCAGUUCUGCAUCUCAAGGUGCAAUACAUUGUGGUGAUUGGCCACAGUGCUUGUGGUGGGAUYAAGGGACUUAUGACCUUCCCAUUUGAUGGAAACUACUCAACUGAUUUCAUUGAAGAGUGGGUGAAAAUUGGUUUGCCUGCUAAGGCCAAGGUGAAAUCGAAGCAUGGUGAUGCAGGUCUUGGGGAACUAUGUGCACAAUGUGAGAAGGAAGCAGUGGGAGUAUCACUUGGGAAUCUGCUAACCUAUCCAUUUGUGAGGGAUGGUUUGGUGAAUGGAACCCUAGGACUGAAGGGUGGUUACUACGACUUCGUUAGCGGAUCCUUCGAGCUCUGGGGACUCGAUUUCAGCUUUACUCCGUCUUUGUCUGUAUGAACACCAUCUAUUAUCGGCGGAUCGAUCUGGUAAAGGAUGUGGCCACCAUUCUGCACUGGAAGCUCUAGGGACAUGUUUAGAAGUUCAAUCCUGCAAAGAUGAGACUUCUUUUUAAUAACAUAAUCUUUGGUUAUGUAGAAGGAAAAAAAAAAGUCUGUUUUCCUGAGGACUGAAUCUUCCUUCAAUUUGAUUGAAACCCAUUUCAGGAUUCACCAAAUUCUAAAAGUUCCAUUUCCAUUUCA